AUGGCCACCACCCUCCUCACCCGCCUCGCCCUCAACCCCGCCCUAACAGCCUCCCUCCUAUGCCUCCUCACCGCCCGCCCCAGGACAACCCUACAAACCCGCCUCACCACCCUCGUCCCCCCGCUGCGCAACCCCCGCACGCACGCCCGCCUCGCGCGCGCCCUAAAGUGGCUCCUCGCGCUCGGCCUCGCGGCGCGCGCAAACCGCGUGCUCAACGCGCUGGCGCUGAACAACUACCGGCUGCGCGCGGCGACGGCGCGGUGGGCGUGGGACAAAGAAGUGGCCGUGGUGACGGGCGGGUGUAGUGGCAUUGGGGCGCUGGUGGUGGCGCGGCUGGCGGCGCGGGGCGUGCGGGUUGCGGUGCUGGAUGUGCAGGGGUUGCCGGCGGGGAUGGCGGAUGACCCGCGGAUCACGUAUUUCGCGUGCGACAUCACCAACGCCGACGCCGUGGGGGCCGCGGCCAGCCACAUCCGGGCGACGCUGGGCGCGCCGAGCGUGCUGGUGAACAACGCGGGGAUUCUUUCCGCGCACACGAUUCUCGCGACCAGCCAGGAGGACUUGCGGCGCGUGUUCGCGGUCAAUGUGCUGAGCAACUGGACGACGGCGCAGGCGUUUCUGCCGGACAUGAUUGCGGCGGAUAAAGGACAUGUGGCGACGGUGGCGAGCACGGCGAGCUAUGUGGGCGUGGCGGGCAUGGCGGACUACACGGCGUCGAAGGCGGCGGUGCUGAGUUUCCACGAAGGCCUCACGCAGGAACUGCGGCUCUCGUACAACGCGCCGAAUGUGCUGACGACGUCGAUCCACCCCAACUGGGUGCGCACGCCGCUGCUCGCGCCGGUCGAGGCGGAGCUCAAGAAGCGCGCGGCGAUUGUCAUGGAGCCCGAGGACGUGGCCGACGCGAUUGCCAAGCAGGUGUUUGAGUGUCGGGGCGCGCAGGUGUUUCUGCCGGCGAGCGCGGGGAGGACCAGCCUGAUCCGGGCGCUGCCCAACUGGAUGCAGGAGAGGAUCAGACUGGGGGUGAGCAAGACGCUGACGGAUAGCGUGAAGAUUGGCGGGAUGUAG